GCUUCAAUUUGUAUAACAGCAUAAUUUAAUCUGGUCAUUGGACAGGUUACAUUUGACUGCACCCGACUGCCAUGAAUGCGAAAUAAUUAUCAAUUUUAAAGACUUUAAAUUCUCCUAAUCCGAAGAUGUUUUAAAAUUUAAAAUGAAUGUGUGUAAUAUAUAAGUUUAGAUAGGAAAAAAAGUUUUGACAUUUGUAUGGAAACUUGAAAUAUUGUUUUAUGACAGCUUGUGAAUGUUACCUAGUGAGUUUACUUGUGUGACAAGUUGAAAGAAUUAUGGACGUAUAACUAAUUGUACUGCAAAGAGAAGGAAGAAACCUUUACAAUAUGCAGUCGGCGAACAGCUCACCGUCGGAGAAGAAACGAAAGAGAUCGGUGUUUACAAAGUCUGUCUCCAGUGGACAGUUAAAUACAUCUGUCCAACAACAAAAUGGACACUUCGAAAGGCAAAACUCCUGUGUUAGUUUUAUUGAUCUCCCGUACGUUAUAGACAGUCCCGAUUUAAUCAAACCCAUCUCCCUUUCGUCGCUUCCGAAAUUUAAAUCGUUGUACCAAAGAUCGAAUUCAGUAGCAUCAUGUUCUCCGGUUCCAGGUCUAACUCGUUCCAAUGGAAGUUUUUCAAAGAUGGCAUCCAGGAGAAACUCGAGUGGGAAUUUCCGCCAGUUAUCCGAAAGCCUUGUAUCUCAGAAACAAUAUACCCGACCUUUGUCAGCAAGGACCAAUUCCAGUGGAUUUUUUGAUACUUCAGCUGACACGCUACCCGGUGAUACUAGGCUAUGGUUUUCAGCAGGUGGGAUGGCCUUCAACCAAACCUCCAACCUUAAAGUAAAAGAUGGACAAACAACUUCAGCUGAGAAUGCUCUAUUAGUUCGCCAAAUGAGUCAGAAAUGUUGGGUAGAGAAAACAUUCUACAAGAGAGAAUGUUCCAAGUUUAUCAGAAGUCCCCGUGAUCCAACAAAAUGUUAUUGUGGAAGAGGAGAAUCAUGGCACACAACAUUACCUCCAAAUAUAACCAGUGCAAGUAAAGAGGAGAAAUGGCAUCCAUACAAACAUACAGAAGCCAAACCAACCGACGCCUAUGGUACCAUCGAGUUUCAGGGAGCUCCUCAUCCUAGUAAAGCUCAGUAUGUCAGAUUGAGUAGUUUUGAUACAAAACCAGAACAAGUACUACAACUCUUACAGAAGAAUUGGGGUUUAGAUCUUCCCAAAUUACUGAUCACAGUUCAUGGAGGCAUCCUCAACUUUGAUAUACAGCCUAAACUAAAACGUGUUUUCAGAAAGGGUUUGCUAAAGGCAGCGAAAACUACUGGAGCUUGGAUUGUUACGGGUGGAACAAAUACGGGUGUAACUCGUCAUGUUGGUGAUGCUAUCAGUGAUAGAACAACUAAAGCUAAAAAUAAGGUUGUGGCAAUUGGUAUUGCACCAUGGGGUGUUGUGGAGAACAGAGAAGACCUUAUUGGUCGUGAUAUUGUAGUGCCAUACCAUUGUGUAUCAUCAGGGAAGAGUAACUCUGCCGUCCUUAAUAGUAAUCAUUCAUAUUUUAUGCUGGUCGAUAAUGGUACCGUAGGAAAAUACGGAGGAGAUAUUCUUUACAGGAAAAAACUCGAAAAAUUCAUCUGCCAGCAAAAAAUAUGUAUUACUAGUGGUUUUAAAGGUAGAGGUGUACCAGUGAUAUGUGUGGUAUUAGAGGGAGGAGCUAAUACUAUAAGAUCGGUAUUAGAAUAUGUGACAGACACGCCACCUGUUCCUGUAGUUGUCUGUGAUGGUAGCGGAAGAGCAGCUGAUUUACUGGCUUUCAGUCAUAAAUAUACCAGUGAUGACGGAACUAUGCCUGAAAGUCUAAGAGAUCAACUAAUCUUAACUAUACAGAAGACAUUUCAAUACACAGCAGAACAGGCAGAAAAACUCUUUAUAGAACUUAUGUUAUGUGUCAAAAAGAAAGAAUUGAUAACUGUAUUUCGAAUGGGCGAAGGAAAUCAAGAUAUAGAUCUAGCUAUCUUAACAGCUUUAUUAAAAGGUCUAAUUUUAGGGACGAAUGCCAGUGCUCCUGAUCAACUAAGUUUAGCCCUGACCUGGGAUAGAGUCGAUAUAGCCAGAAGUCAUAUUUUUGUUUAUGGACAAGAGUGGCCAGAGGGUUCUCUAGAACAAGCUAUGAUGGAUGCAUUAAUCAAUGAUAGAGUGGACUUUGUUAAAUUAUUAUUAGAAAAUGGUGUCAGUAUGCACACAUUUCUAACUAUAUCACGAUUAGAAGAACUCUAUAAUACUAGACAAGGACCGUCCAAUACCUUACGAUUUCUUUUCAGAGAUAUAUGCAAGCAUCAACAUUCUAGUUAUCGCGUAACUCUACCUGAUGUUGGCGUGGUUGUUCAACAUUUGAUGGGUGGAGCUUUCAGAUCAUCAUACUGUCGUAAAAGAUUCCGACAAAAAUACUACGCCUUAAAACAAAAUGGAGCAUCAUUAGGUAAUGUUGUUACGUCAAUACCACAUCUAGUUAAUACCAAGAUGGCGGAAGAUUUAUUCCCAUACCCAUUUCAUGAUUUAAUGAUAUGGGCCGUUUUAAUGAAAAGACAGAAGAUGGCCCUAUUUAUGUGGCAACAUGGUGAAGAGGCCAUGGCAAAGGCUUUAUUAGCAUGCAGGUUAUAUAAGGCCAUGGCACAUGAAGCAGAUCAAGAUGAUUUAGAAAUAGAAUUAACUGCCGAAUUCAGGAGAUAUGCCAAAGAUUUUCAGACAUUAGCGUUAGAAUUGUUGGAGCAUUGUUAUAAAAUAGACGAUGAUUAUACACAACAACUACUAACAUACGAACUCAAGAAUUUUAGUGAACAGACAUCACUGAGUUUAGCUAUGGUAGCGAACCAUCGUGAAUUUAUUGCACAUACAUGUUGUCAGGUUCUACUGAAUGACUUGUGGAUUGGUGGUCUCAGAAUGAGAAAAAAUACCACAUUUAAGGUGAUAUUUGGAAUAUUUAUACCGUUUACAAUCGGUUUAUUAGAAUUCAAGAGUAAAGAAGAACUACAACUUAUGCCGCAGACAAUGGAAGAACAUUUGGAAGAUUUAGCAGAUGCUGAUAGUACAUUAGAUCAUAUGUAUGCCUCGUUUGAGGAAGAACAGAAUGAAUUUGGAGAUGAUCUUGAGACGAGUUUUAACCAGGGUCAACCAGGAGCAACAAAUCCCACGAAAGAAAAUGGUACAGUUGUCCAUGAUACCAGCAUCAUAUCCCAGUUACCAUUCCGGAAGAAGAAGAGUCCACUACGAUUGGGAAAGAAAGUUUAUGAAUUCUACAAUGCUCCUGUUACUAAAUUCUGUGCUCAUACUAUUGCUUAUUUGACGUUUUUAGUUUUGUUUGGUUACACUGUUCUAGCUCAAAUACAGACUGGUAUAAAAUGGCAGGAAAUAUAUGUCAUGUCGCAUAUAUUUACGUUAGCUAUAGAAAAAAUAAGACAGAUUAUUGCUUCAGAACCAGUGAAGAUAACAAUGAAGAUUCGGGUGUUCUGGGAAAGGAUAUGGAAUGUUUGGGACACGAUAGCUAUUUUAUUGUUUACUGUGGGUGUUGUCUUCCGUAAUUUCUCAUCACUUUUACCUGCAGCUCACAUAAUUUAUACAGUAGACAUUGUAUUUUGGUUAGUUCGUAUCCUGGAAAUUCUCAGUGUCAAUAAAUAUUUGGGGCCUUAUGUGAAGAUUAUUGGAAAAUUGAUUGUAGAUAUGGCAUAUUUUUUGGUGAUAUUAUUUAUUGUGGUUACUAGUUUUGGAAUUGUUCGUCAAUCUGUUCACUUUCAACAUAAACCUGUUGAUUGGCACUAUGCUUUACGUAAUAUCUGGUUCUAUCCAUACUGGAUGAUAUAUGGAGAAUUGUUUGCUGAUGAAAUUGAUCCCUGUGAUGAAGCUGAGAAUUGUGUUUAUGCUGCUUGGGUGGCACCAGCUCUUAUGUUUCUGUUUCUACUGGUGGCCAAUAUCCUCAUGGUUAAUCUACUCAUUGCCAGAUUCAAUGCUACAUUUAUUCGUAAUAAUGCCAUUUCAAGGGAGAUAUGGAAGUUUCAACGAUAUACUUUAAUCAUCGAAUACGAGAUGCGUCCUAUUUUACCCCCUCCACUUAUCAUCUUCAACCAUAUAUAUUUAGCUUUUAAAUAUUUAGGUAGAAGAUGUAAGGGAAAAAGAGAAUAUUUUGACAAUGGUUUAAAAUUGUUUUUAUCUCAUGAAGACACAGAAAAAUUACACGAUUUUGAAGAAGAAUGUGUUGAAGAUUAUUUCCGUGAGAAGGAGAUGAAAUUUCAAUCGUCGUCUGAAGAACGAAUUCGAUUAAUCAGUGAAAGGUCUGAGAACAUGGCUUUAAAAGUGGAUGAUAUGAAUCAGAAAGAGAACACUAUUAAACUUUCACUACAGACAGUGGAUUAUAGACUCACAAAACUAGAAGAAAUAGCCUUGCAGACAUCGGAAACAUUAAACCUACUUCAACGCAUGAUGACGCGACGUAACUCAACUCAUAGUUUAGGUGUACCUGGUGGCAGCUUUAGCCACUGUUCUAUGGAAGAUAUUCCCAUAAGUCUAUCUUUGUCAAUGGACAGUAAUAAAAAUGCUGGUGACGCAAGUGAGACCCUCAUGCGUAGUCAGCCCUCCCCGAUUCUAGUUCACUCAAAACGUCCAGUACAGCAAGAUCAGUUGCAAAAAUUUACUAACUAUAUUCGUGGACGUCAUCUCAGUGGUGAAACUUAUUCUCAGAUGCCAUCAGAAGAUGCUGCAGAUACUGUAGUAGCUUCAUUUGCUGCAGAUGCUGCAGUUGAACCACCAAACAUUUCAACAGAAUCAGCUGUUGUAAUUUGUUCAGAGCCUGGCGACAAUCUCAAUGACAAUAAUUCUUAUAGUCAUGCUAAUUUAUUACAACGACGACAUGGACCAGCUCAGCUUUCACUCAAUAUUAAAACUAAAUCACCUUCUAUACGCAAAACUAGUGAUGUCGUAAGUCCAGUGCAACUUGUGUCUUCAAGUCUAGAAACACCCAAACAAGGUAAUUUAUCAGAUUCGUCAGUGCCGAAAGUUAUGUUCAGCACAGCAAAGAUGCCAUCAGAAACAAACACAGCAACUCAGGCAAUGGAAAAACCCGAUACUCUAAGCAUACCAGAAACUGGAGAGAUACGACGAAAAUUAUCUGAGCAUUCCAUUGUUGCUGUGACACCCGUCUCUCCUGAAGUACAUCCCCUUACUCCAAACAUAUCUGUCCCAAUAACAUUUAUUAGUCCAGAUCCAAGCUUAAUUCCUCAAUCAGCCGUCAAAGACCUGACCUCAAUUUUGACCCCAUUGAUCUCGGAGUACACAUCAAUAACUGAUGAAAUCGACACUUCCUGUAUCAAAGACCGAAGUCCGCAAAGAAGUCCUACCACUUCUGGCAUUUUCUUUGGAGAAAAUUAUCCGGCUCUUAAAAGCAAGGAAACACCGGCAUCGAAAUCUGAAAAAGUAGCUUUGAAACAAGCAGAGGAGGUCGGUAAGCGCAAGAUGCAAAAAUUAAUUCGGCAUCGUUUACGACAAAUAUCUCAAGAUGAAACGGACAGUAUAAGUGACAUGGCAAAAUUAGCUGUCUCUGAAUUAUCUAAUGAUGAACAUCAUGAGCUACACGACGAAGAGGAAGAAGAGGAUGAAAAUGGCGAACAUGAUACGGAUAACGAUAGCACAUUUUUUGAACCAAUAGAAAUCAAGGUUCAUUCGGCUAGUCAAGAUGAACCUACUCACCCUAGUCUAAGUUAAUAUACGGUGAUGGUUAAUUCAAUGAAUAUUAGUAAUUAAAAUUGUGUAGUUAUAUUGAAUUUAUUAAAAUAAAUUAAACAAUUAAAUUAAUUGUUAAAUUAAAUUGACCUAACAAACAAAUUAAUAUAUUUAAUGAAGUUUUUAAUUUACUGUGUAUUAUAUAAUACGUGUACAUACAUUUCGUGACAUAUAUAUAUAUGUAUAUUGUCAAUAUAUAUAUAUAUUUUAUGUAUUUUCAGAAACAAACAGAUUUUAUUUUACAUAUAAUAAUCUAAUUUUUAUUUGCCAUAUUGAUAUCACAAUUUUUUUGUAUUAUGGAUCACUUGAUUUUAACAAUGGAGUUAUCUUUAUCUAGA